UACAUGCAGAGGUGGCCCCGAUCAUGCCAAGGCCGGACGUAAUAUUUUCUCGUUACAAUAACCGCUCGAUGAUCUUAUGUCUGGACGACGGUUUGAAUGAUCCACCAUAUGAGGGGCCACGCGACGACGCAGUGUGGGAGGUCUUGUGCCGUGUGAAAGCGAGUUUAAGCGUCGCCCAACGCGGGAACGAGGCGACGCAGAAGUGUACUCGAGCGUCAAGGUCUCUGUCACGGUCAUCAAGGUUGCACCGCUUGUCAAUCUGGCAAGAUCUUGACCGUAAAGAAAGAGAUCGCUGUAGAAGAAGAGCUUUCUCUGAAGGUUUUUAUCUGGUUAGUUCAAUCGAGUUCAAGUUGCUUGGAGAGGUGGUCAUGGAUGUUAGCUAGUUUGUGAGCUAUGGUGGAGAGCUCCCAUACCUCUGUUGUUGAGCUGAUGUAUCUGAAGGAAAGGAAGAUAGCAAAUGGGGUAUGUUCUUAAAAUGCGGAUGAAAAAUUCGUUCUUGUUUGAUUGGCACUUUUCUUUUCAAGAUCGUAUAUUUAACGAGUUGAAUACAAACAAAGUUUUGUUCGAUCGAGUUCGGCUUGAUAAUAGCUUGCUUAUGUUUAUAAAUUUGCAUUAAA